ACAGCAAUGUCAGCCAUUUCUCUUUCAAGCUCCGUAAUAGGUUAGGUGCACCUCGCCUUACAAUUCAGUUGGCAAGAAGUAUGUUGAGAGUGUUUACUGAUGUUGAGGAUCCGUUCGGAUGUUCAGGGUUCGUUCGUUCACAGACAGCCAACGUUGGCUUUCCAUUUUGGGCUUCAGCAGCAUCAACCUCCAGUGGUAGCUCCAUCUCCCGUGAUUCAGAUUCUUCCGAGACUGGUUGUAGUCCUUAUGUCAGCAUCAUGAGAAUGACAGAGGCAGCCAUUGCUGAGCAUGAUCAGACCGUUGCGUUGCCAGCUGGAAAGUGCCCUUCCAGCAGCAACUUAUUGGAUCUUACCUCGGACAAAGGCUGCACGAUACUAGACUCCGAACAUGAGGGAGCUGAAAAUGUUCAACAUACACCAGCAGAUUCCACAAGUAGCUCACGCUCAAGCAGCACAUCCUGCUGUGCGACCUCCCUAACUCGUCGCUCACUCAAAGAGCGGAUUAUGAAGCCGUUUCCCAAUAUGAAGCUCAUCCGUCAGCCUUCUCGCGCAUCUCGAGAAUUUGACCUGUUUAUAUCGCGCAUUCAGUGGUUUUGUCUUGACCAGUCAGGAACUUGGAGCUUCAUAUUUUCGUGGACUGUUUUCCUGAUACUUGGCGUCCUCGUCCCUGGAAUAUCUUUCUCAAGCGUUCGUUGCUCUGACACCCAUCUUGGUCAAGACCACUCUUUCAAGCGUCUGGUUACCUGCAUUGACACUAUCCUAUGCAUUGCGUCCUUCACCUUCCUGACAAGGAUGCAGCAACAGCCAGGUCUGAGACAAGUGCUACAGCUGGAUUUCGUAUUCAAAGCAGACCCGUCAAAUGUUAAGAGGAAGUACCCGAUUGAGCUCCAAAAACUCGUGAGGUCGCUGAUGCUACUUAUCCUGCCUGCCUUGGUUAUCAAGACACUGAAAAACGCCGUCUGGUUUUCCCCUGCUGAAGCAGCUUCCCCGUUUUGUUCCCACGAGGCAGAUAGGAUUACAAGCGCAGGCAUGGCCACAGCAUGGACUGUUCUGCUGGAGAUUUCUUGGACCUACCAAAGCCUUGUUUACUUGUUUGUUUGUGUUCUCUUCCGUUUGUUGUGCUCUCUGCAAGCCAUCAGAAUCCAGGUAAGUCCUGUGCACCAGCCUGUUCUGGAAGUCCUAUGCAACAAAUAUUUGAAGUUCAUAUGCACCGGCAGGCAUACAUUGAACGACUUGAAGACGAGGUUGAUGUGGCUGCUAUGUUGAGCCAUCACAUGCAGCUGAGAGAUCACAUGGCGACCAUCAGCCACCAGUUCCGCAAUUUCCUGUUGAAGGCUCUUCUGGUCGUUUGUGCAUCACAAUUUUCAGCACUGUUCUCAUUCCUGCGGCUCCAUGGAUCUACUCCAAUUUCUCAAGCGGCUGACCUCAUGGUCUGUGCAUAUGUACAGCUCGCAGGUGUGCUUCUCUGUCUGCAUGGUGCUGCCCGUAUAACCCAUCAAGGUCACAAAAUUGUCACAGUCGUCAGCCAGUGGCAUGCAGCAGCCACCUGCCGGAACUUUGCUGGCUCUUGUAUGGAGAUGCCACAUCCACCAAGCAGCAAUGAGCCAGCUGUGCCCUUUGAAGGCUCAGAAAUCCUUUCAUCCAUUGUUCCUGUGACCACACCUCCUCGAGCAGCAGCUCAGCACUUGGCAAUGCCACUUCUAUCUAACAUCCAUCGUGCAAUGCACGCAGGAAAGUGUGCACAGCCACCUUCACUGCUAGCUCCUAGGACAUUGAGAAUGCCGCCCAGCCGACCUGGAUGUUCCAGUGUUCAAGCUGCAUUGGCUUCCACAACAAUGGAUGGAUGCCCACGAUCUGGAAGCAAUGACGUCCAGCUGCAUGCAGGAAUCUCUUUUGUGGGUUUCGAUGGUGAAGGCUUGGCACCAGGGACGUCAGUGGUAGAAGGAGCUCUUGACAUGAGCAACUCGCAGCAAGGUGGAGCUGAACAAGGACAGUUCCAGGCUGUCCAAGAAGGGGAGGGGCAAAAACUUCUCGCCGGCCAAGGUCUGAUCAAGAUGCUUCACAGGGUUGGGUCAGGAGCGGCAACCUUGGUAGACAUUGCAGGGAUUGAGAAAGAGCCUAAGAACUACGAAAAUGAUGCCUUCCACAAGCGGGUUGCAUUUGGUAAGUAUGUGCUGACUGGCCGCCUCGUCGCUGAGGUCCAUAAAGUCUUUACUGACAUUGCUGGCCUUUUUCCAGUUACCUAUCUUCAACAUUGUCCAUGUGGCAUCACACUUUACGGCUUUCCAAUGGACAGAUCCUUCUUGUAUGCCAUCUUUGGGCUUGUUUUCUCCUUGGCAACAUUUAUAAUUGGGCGUGCAGCAUCUGCCCAUGUACCCAAGCAA